GGCGGGGGGGAGGGCUCGGUCCGGACCCGGAGCUCCUGGGAGGAGGGUGUUCUCAGAGGUUUCCGUCCUGCAAGUCUCACCUUCUGCUGUGCGUUAAGGAAAAUGAUGUCCGAAUUGUUGGGGAUCUCCUGGCCCCCUCCUUCAGAUUAGAUGUCCUUCUUAGUGAGAUUCUGCUGGACGUACCUCAGUACUGCCAGUAAGCAGUAAACUGCACGAACCAUUUCCUUGUUUCUUAGUUGUUGCCUUGAUUCUAUACCAUAAGGGACGAUGAGAUUACCAAAAUCCAAAUUUUUGCAUUGUAGGAAUUGAAAUUUGAAGUUUAUUUGAAUUCUUAGAGCACUUAUCAAGCUCUUUCUUUUCAAUAGCUGAAUUAAAUAACUUUUUAAAAUUAAUCCCUGGCCUCUGUUUCUUCCACGCAGAUCAUUAGCCUUUUCAGUUUUUAUGUUUAUACAUGGGAAAGUAAUUAAAAUGUUUCUACUCUAUUAUGGGAGACUUUUAACUUUAUAUAUAUAAACUGCUUUCAUCCGAUUUACUCGUUUCUUUUCCCUUCCUAGGUUUUUGAACCAUGAGUCUUUCAUUCUUCCUGGCAACCUGUUGCUUGGGAAUAGCCUUGGCGACUCCAAAACUUGAUCAAAACUUAGAUACGCAGUGGUACCGGUGGAAGUCAACACACAAGAGACUUUAUGGCACGAAUGAGGAAGGCUGGAGGAGAGCAGUAUGGGAGAAGAACAUGAAAAUGAUUGCUCUCCACAAUGAGGAACACAACCAAGGGAAACAUGGCUUCACCAUGGAAAUGAAUGCCUUUGGGGACAUGACCAGUGAAGAAUUCAGGCAGGUGAUGAAUGGCUUCCAAAGGCAGAAGCACAAGAAGGGGAAAGUGUUUCAGGAACCUCUGUUGGGGAGCAUCCCCAAGUCUAUGGAUUGGAGAGAGAAAGGCUACGUGACACCUGUGAAGAAUCAGGGUCAGUGUGGUUCUUGUUGGGCUUUUAGUGCAACUGGUGCCCUGGAAGGACAGAUGUUCCAGAAAACUGGCAAACUGGUCCCACUUAGUGAGCAGAACCUAGUGGACUGUUCUAAGCCUCAAGGCAACCAGGGCUGCGAUGGUGGUCUGAUGGAUUAUGCCUUCCAGUACAUUAAGGAAAACAGAGGCCUGGACUCCGAGGAAUCCUAUCCUUAUGAAGCAAAGGAUGGAACCUGUAAGUACAGGCCUGAGUGUUCUGUGGCUAACGACACUGGGUUCGUGGACAUCCCACAGCGGGAGAAGGCCCUUAUGAAGGCAGUGGCCACUGUGGGGCCCAUUUCUGCUGCUAUGGAUGCAGGUCAUGCAUCCUUCCAGUUCUACAAAUCAGGCAUUUAUUUUGAUCCAGAUUGUAGCAGCCAGGACCUCGAUCACGGUGUCCUAGUGAUUGGCUAUGGUUUUGAAGGAACAGAUGCAGACAAAAAUAAAUAUUGGCUUGUGAAGAACAGCUGGGGUCCUGAGUGGGGUGCAGAAGGUUUUGUCAAAAUAGCCAAGGACAGGAACAACCACUGUGGACUUGCCACAGCAGCCAGCUAUCCCACCGUGUGAGUCCCACCAUGAGUUGCAAGCUGCUGGAAGGUGGAAGUAAAGGACUUACAGAACGGACUGGGUGUCCAGAGGAAUUCUGUCUUAAAACUGACCAACCCUUAUUGUAUAAGACACACCAGGACACUUGAAUCAUUGAGGAUCCAAGUUACAAUUUGAAUUCUGUGACAUUUUUACAAGGGUAAAAUGUUACCAACUACUUUUAACUCCUGUUAUAAACAGCUUUGAUAUUGAGAACUCACUGCUUAAAGACUUGAAUUUUCAUUUUAUAAAA